AUGUCUGUCUCACUAGUUCUCUCUCAUUUUUUAAUUCUAUCUAUCUAUCUAUCUAUCUAUCUAUCUAUCUAUCUAUCUAUCUAUCUAAGCUUUUUCAUUUCUCUCUCAUUUCUUAAUUCUGUCUACCUACUCUCUCUCUCUCUCUCUCUCUCUAUCUAUCUAUCUAUCUAUCUAUCUAUCUUUGUUCAUUUCCCUCUCAUUUUGAAUUCUAUCUAUCGACCCAAGUUGUACAUAUCUAUCUAUCUAUCUAUCUAUCUAUCUAUCUAUCUAUCUAUCUCUAUCUAUCUAUCUAAAUCUGUUUAUUUCUUUCUCACUUUUAAUUCUAUCUAUCGAUCCAAGACUUUAUCUAUCUAUCUAUCUAUCUAUCUAUCUAUCUAUCUAUCUAUCUAUCUAUCUAAAUCUGUUUAUUUCUUUCUCACUUUUAAUUCUAUCUAUCGAUCCAAGACUUUAUCUAUCUAUCUAUCUAUCUAUCUAUCUAUCUAUCUAUCUAUCUAUCUAUCUAUCUAUCUAAAUCUUUGUUUCUAUCUAUCUAUCUAUCUAUCUAUCUAUCUAUCUAUCUAUCUAUCUAUCUAUCUAUCUAAAUCCGUUUAUUUCUUUCUCACUUUUAAUUCUAUCUAUCGAUCCAAGGCUGUCCUCUCUCUCUCUCUCUCUCUCUCUCUAUCUAUCUAUCUAUCUAUCUAUCUAUUCUCAGUUGUUAUUCACGUUUUUGUUUCUUCUCUGACGUUUCUCGAACGACCGUCUGUCUGA